GCUUCACUGUAAAAUUUCUACUGGGUCACACACGCUCUCUCUUCCUUUGUCUCUUCUGUCUCUCUUCCUUCCUUGUUUCUUCUCCUUUCAGCCUCUGCCUCCACGUUUAGGUGCAUAAGUGGAGGUACGCAGAUAGGAAUUGAAGGAGAUGGUGGCAAAGUUAUCAUUGACCGCCCAAUUGGGACCAUCAGAAUAUGAACGAGAAGAGGAGCUCUUUCUUGGAACUCUCUGUGUGUGUUCUUAGUAUCACUCUACUCCGCUUCUCUCUCCUGUUUUUGCUCCCAUGGAGAUCUCCAUAGAACCAUCCCAACAGCAGAGACAAGAGGGCAUGAAAGGCUUCGAUGACGAUGGCCGAGUCAGUAGAACUGGGACUGUGUGGACUGCAAGUUCUCAUAUCAUCACCGCUGUCAUCGGCUCCGGCGUGCUAUCGCUGGCUUGGGCUGUCGCACAGCUGGGUUGGAUCGCCGGUCCAAUUGUAAUGAUUAUCUUCUCCUUCGUCACCUUCUACACUUCUUCUCUCCUUGCGGACUGUUACAGAACCGGCGAUCCCAUCACCGGCAAGCGUAAUUACACUUACAGCGCCGCCGUCCAUUCCUAUCUCGGCGGAAUGAAAGUGAAACUCUGCGGGCUUAUUCAGUAUCUGAAUCUCUUUGGAGUAGCCAUUGGAUACACAAUUGCUGCCUCCAUUAGUAUGAUGGCAAUUCGGAGAUCAAAUUGCUUCCAUGAGAAAGGGCACAGAAGCCCAUGCCAUAUCUCAAGCAAUCCCUACAUGAUCAUCUUCGGCGUCACACAAAUUGUCUUUUCUCAAAUCCCUGAUUUUGAUCAAAUUUGGUGGCUCUCAAUUGUAGCUGCAGUUAUGUCCUUCACCUAUUCUUCCAUUGGCCUGGCCCUCGGCAUUGCUCAUGUUGUUGCAAACGGUGGAUUCAAAGGGAGUCUUACUGGAAUCAGCAUAGGCUCUGUAACCCAGACUGAGAAGGUCUGGCACAGCCUCCAAGCUUUCGGGGACAUUGCCUUCGCUUACUCAUACUCCAUGAUCCUCAUCGAAAUCCAAGACACAAUCAAAGCGCCGCCGCCGUCGGAAGCGAAAGUGAUGAAAAAGGCCACAUUUUUAAGCGUGGCAGUGACUACCUUCUUCUACAUGGUUUGCGGCUGUAUGGGCUACGCCGCCUUCGGCGACUCUGCGCCUGGUAAUCUUCUAACCGGCUUCGGCUUCUACAACCCAUUCUGGCUUCUCGACAUAGCCAACGCCGCCAUUGUCAUUCACCUCGUCGGAGCUUACCAAGUCUUUUGUCAGCCGCUCUUCGCCUUCAUUGAGAAAUGGGCGAAUCGAACAUGGCCGGACUCCAAGUUUAUCUCUAAAGAGAUCAGAAUCCGGUUGAGUUCUACGAAGUCCUAUAAGCUUAACCUUUUCCGGCUAGUGUGGCGCUCUGCUUUCGUUGUGCUGACCACAGUGAUAUCUAUGCUUCUUCCUUUCUUCAACGACGUUGUUGGUCUUCUCGGUGCGCUUGGAUUUUGGCCGCUAACUGUUUAUUUCCCUGUAGAAAUGUAUAUAGUUCAUAAGAAGGUGCCUAAAUGGAGCGUCAGAUGGGUUUGUUUACAAAUGCUGAGCUUCGCUUGUCUUGUCAUUUCUGUCGCCGCCGCUGUUGGAUCCAUCGCCGGCGUAGUCUCCGACCUUAAGGUUUACAAGCCAUUCAAAUCGGGCUCUUGAAAAAAAAAGAUUCCCUGUUUUGGUCGGUUUUGUAUUUUUUAAUUUCUAGCUUGGCAUCGUUGGAACUUGAAAGAUAAGGAAAAGAUUUUGAAUUUUGUACUAAAGAAAGCCCUUAUUAGCUGGAGACUUCGUGGAAGAAUCUAAACUAAAGAUGGGGCCUUUAAACUGAUUACAAGAGAAAAUUUUCUUCUUUUUUU